GGUGAUAAAUGCGGGGAAGAGCCUGCACAACGAGGACCAGGCGUGCUGUGAGGUGGUGUUUGUGGAGAGGAGGCCCAGCCUGAGGGGCCGACCGUCAUCCAGGGAAGGCAACCGCGAGCUGGAUGGGCCCAUCUGCCUCCCGCACAACCUGAGGGCUGGUCCCGCAGAGCCGAGCCGGGUGCCCCUCACAGAGGAUGACGGGGAGGUCCCCAACGAUGCUGUACCACGGUUUCACCUGGAGAAAGCGGUCUCUCACGAGAGCCUGGUGAUCGGUGCCAUUGAGAACGCCUUUAAGCACAUGGACGACCAGAUCGAGCGAGAACGGGCGUCCCAGCACCUGUCCGGGGGCUGCUGUGCCCUGGCUGCCAUCUACCUCAUGGGCAAAUUCUACGUGGCCAACGCUGGUGACAGCAGGGCCAUUAUCAUCCGUAAUGGGGAAAUCAUUCCAAUGUCCAGGGAGUUUACUCCAGAGACAGAGAGGCAGAGACUCCAGCUCUCUGUCUUGCAGGCGUUCCUGAGGCCCGAGCUGCUGGGGAAGGAGUUCACACACCUCGAGUUCCCCCGCAGGAUCCAGCCCAAGGAGCUGGGGAAGAAGAUGCUGUACAGAGACCAGAACAUGAACGGCUGGGCUUACAAAAAGAUAGAAGAGGAUGAUCUGAAGUUCCCACUUAUCUACGGGGAAGGCAAAAAGGCGCGGGUGAUGGCCACGAUUGGGGUCACACGGGGCCUGGGAGACCAUGACCUCAAGGUGUUCAGCUCCAACAUCCACAUCAAGCCUUUCCUGUCCUGCUUCCCAGAGGUCAGGGUUUAUGACCUCACGCAGUACGAGCACUGCCCUGACGACGUUCUGGUCUUGGGCACUGAUGGACUCUGGGAUGUCACCAAUGACAAGGAGGUGGCCAGUGUGGUGAUGGAGGUGCUGACAAGCUAUGAACCCAAUGACCCGUGCAGGUACACCAUGGUGGCCCAGGAGCUGGUGAUGAGGUCCAGGGGGGUGCUGAAGGAGCGGGGCUGGAGGAUGGCCAACGACAAGCUGGGCUCUGGUGAUGACAUCUCUGUCUUUGUGAUCCCUCUGGGUGGCCCAGGCAACUACACGUGA